AUUCGGAACUAUACCCGGAAAAAGUUGCUUAGAAUCAUUAUCCCAACAAUACAUUAAAAAAUGAGCGAAAUCGGUGGGGAUGACGAGAUAUCGAUAAUUAUCCAUAUUAUUUUUCAAACUAAAUUUUAAACUGUGUCAUAUUAAGCAUUCGUGUGCCAACUCUCAUCAAGUGCGGACGUGUUUCUAUCAGUGCGAGAGUAAACAGUUCUGACCUCGAGUGGCCCGUCGCGUUCUCUUGUUCGGUUAUAAUUUUUCCAUUAUUAAAGUGUUCCUAAUAGUGAAAAUCAGAGCAGUGAAUACGUGAAUAGUUGUCGCUUCCGCAACAACGACACCUGAAUGACCUUUAGAAUAUGGCGAAGAUGUGUGGCUUCAGAUCGUGGAAAAAGCUGAGUGUAAACAUAUUGUUUUCAAUACACGACAAACAUAUCCUGACGAGCUUAUGACGAAUUUAGCUGCUGCAUUGGUUGCAUUCAAUGGCGAGACCGUAGAUAAUGUGAUGCAAUUUUUUGGAAAAUGUUUCGUUAGAUUCUUUAGUAAUUUGGGAUUUUCCUGCGUAAAUGUUUACACGCAAGUGAUAGAAGUGAUGUUAGAUGGGAUAGAGUUUUUUACGUAUGUAACCUAAUGAUGACGAUUACAGUAACGUAGAACGUAAGUACUUACUUACACAUGAUGGAGAUGCGGACCCCAAAGUUUGCAUUGGACUGCACUGGACAAUAACAGGUAUGCCUGCAUGAUAAAAGCGACUGGUCGUUAUUUCUGUGACUUUUUACAAAGCGUCGACAAUAUUCAUAUGCAAAUGAGAUUCACGUAUCCAAAAAUGAAAAGUCCUUCAAUGUAUAUUACACAUAUCGACACAGAGGGUGUAAUAUUAGUAUACCGAAGUACCAGAAAGGGUUUUACACAUUAUCUUAUGGGUCAGCUAUUUCAAAUAGCAAAAGAACUGUAUGAAAUAGAUUUAAAUAUAAAAGUAUUAGGAAGUUCAAACAAUAUUCCAGGAUCCAGAAGCGUAAUGGUUAAAUUCAGAAUUGAUUUUGAUAAUCGUGAAUACAUUGCAAAAAACAACAGAAUGAAAGUUCCUUUAAGCCGCGAAUUGCCACCGGUAUCUUGUACAUUUAUUUUACGACUUUUCCCAUUUGGAGUUGUAAUAAACAAAGAUAUGCAGAUAUUGGGAGCUGGUGACAAACUCCUACAAGCAUGGGGUGGCAGUUCAUCCAUUCGUGAUAAACAUAUUACUGAAGUUUUCAAAUUACGUAGGCCCAAAGGAAUAUCUUUUACUUGGGGAAAUGUAAUGUAUUUACAUUCGGUAAUGUUUGAACUAGAACUGCUAAGAUUAAAUGACGAUAUGUCAUCAAGUUCAAACAUUGCAAGUACAAGUUCUGGAUUAGAUAGACGAGGAAGUCAAGGAGUUAGGAGUAUCUUACUGAAAGGUCAAAUGAGAUACAUUGAAGACAUCGAUGCAAUCAUUUUCCUAUGUAGCCCUUUAAUUAACAGUUUAGACGAAUUGCUUAAUAUGGGCCUCUAUCUGAAUGACCUGAAUCCUCAUGGCUUGAGUCGAGAGUUAGUUCUUGCAGGAUGGCAACAUUGUGGAAGAUUGGAAAUGAUGUUCGAAAGGGCAGAGCAGAGAUCAACCGAACUAGAAAACAGCUAUGCACUUCUGGAUCGUUGGAAGAACAAAAGCGACGAGCUUUUAUAUUCUAUGAUUCCUCAAACAGUGGCUGACAGACUACGUGCUGGUGUAAGCCCUUUGAGUACAUGUGAGUCAUUUGAGUCUAUAACCGUUCUGUUUUGUGAACUGUGCGAUUUUGAUUAUUCCACAAUUGAAGGUGCUAUGGAUAUUGUUUCAUCAAUGAACGCUGUUUUCUCCUGUUUUGAUUCAUUAAUGGACGAAUUUAAUGUCUAUAAGGUGGAAACAGUUGGCCGAGUUUAUAUGGCAGCUAGUGGAGCACCUGAUAGAACUGAACAUCACGCUCAAAACAUAGCAGAUUUUUCUCUGCAGUUAUUAAAACACGUUCGAUCUCUCAAAUUACCGUCUGGUCUUGACAUACAAAUUCGUAUAGGAAUUCAUUCUGGACCAGCUGUAGCAGGUGUUGUUGGCAUCAAAGUACCUAGAUACUGCUUUUUUGGUGAUACAGUGAAUACUGCCUCUAGAAUGCAGACAACUAGUGAACCAGGGAGGAUACACAUUUCAGCCGAUACUAAAACACUGUUACCCCAAGACCGUUAUCACGUUGAAUCUCGUGGAUUAGUUUGGGUCAAGGGAAAAGGCAAUAUGGAAACGUAUUGGUUGUCUGACAAGCAAAAAACAAAUAUUAUAUCAGUUGAAGUUAUUCAACCCAAACGACUCUUAAUCACCGAUAUUUAGUAGGUUUGAUGUUUUGAAGAUUUAAAUGAAUGGGAACAUUGUAUUUCCUAAUAUUUUAUCAAGUAGAUAUUAUAUUCAAUUUUUAUAAGUAAAUCUUUUUUUAUCGAGCAAUCGCAUGUGUUAAUAAUGAUACAUUUGAGGUUGUAUAUAUGUAUUCUAUUCCGUUAAUAUUUAUAUAUUUCGUUAAAUUUGUAGUAAACAAGGUAAAAGUCAAUUAAUAGACAUAUCUGUGUUUCUCUGUCGUAGUUUAUUGUAAAU